AUGUUUCGAAUUGCAGACAAAGUACAAUCAAUAACUUGUCCUAUGCACAAAAAGGCCAUCAAAUAUUUGAACAUCGGAUAGGGUUGUUCUAUAGAAUAGAGAAUAGGAUGCUCAUCAUGCAUGGGGGCAAAUUUUAUUGACUUUGAAUUAGCGGAAGAACUGCUUGAUAAGUUGAAUAAUGGAAACAAUGAGGACGAUAUGAAACAAUAACUAAAGAUCGACUUUAUGCAUACAUUAAAUCAAUUUAGAAAUUAAGUCAAUAAAAUACUAGAUAACAUGGAAAAACUAGUAGAAUCUAUGAAUAGCAGUUCAGAUAAACUGAUAGAAUGGCUAAAUUAAAUUAAAGGGGCUACUUAAUUCAAUAUAGAUGACCUAAAAUAAAUGGCUGUGAGACUAGGAAUUUACAUUGUCAAAUAAGAAGAUCAAUUCUAGCCUAGAGUCAAUGGAUAAUGGCAAAAUUACAUUAGUAAAUAUGCCCAAAUUUUAUAAAAAACAAGUCUUUUGCUUAAUUAAAAAAUACUUGAGAAAGAACUGAAUCCAAUUGAUUAAACUGAAGUUGUAACCUAAGAAGAACCUAAAAAAAAUUAAGAGUUUGUAUCAAAAGAGAGCUUGUAAACAAAGUAAGACAUUGGGUAAGAGAUUUAACAGCCCUACGUUAAUUAAUAAAUGGAAAUUGAAGAAUAAAAGAAGAAAAUAGAAUUCUUGGAAGGUUAAAUUGAGAAAUAUCAUAACUUAUACAACAAGUUAAGAUAAUAAAAUGAAAAUAAAGAGGCAGCAUUUGAAACACCAAAGGCUAAUAUGGUCAUAAAUAAGUUAGAGCCUGAAAAAAAAGAAGAAUAAUAAUAAUAUGCAAUAUAAAAAUAAGACAAAGAUCAAUUAAAGAUUUAGAAAUAUUUAGAUGAAAAAACUGUUAACCAUCCUCUUUGGAAGGAAUUUAACAAUGAAAUGGAACAUAUAAAGAACUAAUUAAAAUGGUUGGAAUUUAAAUAUGUUGAAUAAUUAUUUUAAUUUAACUAAUCAGCCCUCUAGGAAGAAUAAAAAAAAGUAUUGUAUUUUAGCAAAAAAACAUAAGAAAACUAAAACUUCUCUAAAUUUUAUCUAAAUCAAUUAAUUGCAUAAUUGUAAACAAUCAAUAAAUUGUUGCUUGAUUCAUAAACGAUGUACAAAAUGGAUAACAUUGUUGUUUCUAAGAAUUACCAGGAUGAAUAAGACUUGAAAAAGAAAGUAUAAGAAACUAUAGAUUAUAUCAGAAGCCACAAAUAGCAUUUAGAUGUUUGUUAAGUCGAAUUAAAAUAUGUUUAAGAACUUAUGUCGAUAAAUGAGUUAUCAAAAUGCAAUAUGGUGAACAGCAGAGAUUUACAAAAGUAUUUUUAGAGACUUACUGACAAAAACAAAUAUGGGAUAUUUUAUAUUAACAAUAAUGUCUUACUUAAGAACUCCCGAAGUCUUCAAUAAGUAAUAAUUAAAACUGUGUAAGACAAUCAAUUAAAAGACAAUCUCCAAAUAGAUAAGGAUUUUAUAUUGGUUAAUAAAUUCGUUUGGAAAUUUAUAUCAACACUAUACUUUAGCAGUGGCCCAGAAAUCUUGCUCUAAGAAAAUUGA